AAUAAUCCCAACUUUGAAUGUUGCGCUUUCCGAUGCUUACCUAUUCGUCCGAAUUGCAUUGUGGGCCCUUGACGGUGUCGAUGGUGGACCGUCUACUGCUAUAGAAGGAUGUUCCGGCGGGCCACCCUAUUAGUUCCCUACAAUGGGCAGCAGCAGGUGCGGGGGAUGGCCACCCUUAAGGCCAUUGCCCUUCGCCUCAAGUCUGUCAAGAACAUCCAGAAAAUUACACAAUCCAUGAAGAUGGUGUCAGCUGCCAAAUUUGCCAGGGCUGAAAGGGAACUAAAGCCAGCAAGACCAUAUGGUGCUGGAGCCACUGCUUUCUAUGACAAGGCUGAGGUGAAAGGUGAAGAAGAUAAACCCACAGAAUUGAUUGUUGCUUGUAGCAGUGAUCGUGGUUUGUGUGGUGGUAUUCAUUCCAGCAUCUGCAAGCACAUAAAAGCUCAGCUUGCUGAUGAUGCUUCAAAAGCUGCCAUUCUUUGUAUUGGAGACAAAUCCCGUGCACAGCUGUCUCGUGCUAAAACAACUGGAGGUACUCUUGCCAAAAACAUCAUUGCCCAAGUGGGAGAGGUAGGAAGAAAACCAGCAACCUUUGAAGAUGCUGCCAAAAUAGCUACUUUUAUUUUAAACAGUGGGUAUGAUUUUGGUUCAGGAAGAAUUAUCUACAACAAGUUUAGGACUGUUGUGUCAUAUGACCUGAUGGAGUUGCCAUUCUAUCCAGUUGCUGCUAUUUCUGCCGGUGAGAAAAUUUCUCUGUAUGACUCCCUAGAUGCUGAUGUUAUUCAGUCCUACAUGGAGUAUUCCUUGGCUUCCUUGAUUUUCUACGCUAUGAAAGAGGGAGCAUGUGCUGAGCAGUCUUCAAGAAUGACUGCUAUGGACAAUGCUAGCAAGAAUGCUGGUGAGAUGAUUGACAAGCUAACUCUGACAUACAACCGUACUCGACAGGCUGUCAUUACUGGAGAGUUGAUUGAAAUUAUCUCUGGUGCUGCUGCUGUGUAAACUUUAGUAUGUCAGUGGUUGUAAAUGUAUAUUUCAUUCAAUGCAAAAAAAAUAUAAUUGGAAUUAUAGUUAUAUUAAUAUUUUCGUUGACAUUUCGAGAAACUACGCUGGAAUCUUUAUCCCUCAUUUAGAAAUGCCUGUUUAGAGUAAUGACAAACCUUACAUAUUGCUGAUGCCUCUUUUUAAGAUGAUUUUUUUUGCCUUAAUGUGUAAAGAGAGAAACUUGGUGAGGUGCAAGACAUAUUAGAAGUGGAGGAGUAGUCGAAUUUGACUUAAUCCAAAUGCCCCUCUGAUAUGUUUUUAAUCCUUGGCUAGAUUGUUGCUUUACUUUAUUUCUGUGUUAUAGCAAGAUUAAAAAAGUGAUGUAUGUGCUGAGUAUAUCUGGAGCAAUAAUCUCAGCCCAUAAAUAUAUGCUCGGAUGAGGCAUAGCAAAAGCUUUGCUUCUUCAGCAUUAAACUCUAGGCUUACUUAGUACAUAUAUCACUGUGUCGCAGUAGAAGUACCUCCUAUGUUUAUGUUGUCUGUGUGAAACAGGUGACUUGAAUAGAUGAUUUUGGUCUAAUAAAAUUGAGAAAUUUA